ACCACUCUCCCGUUGCUUGCUCCCCCCUCCCUCCCUCCGCGGCGGCUCCUGUUGCACCCUCCAGCAAGCCAAGAACGAAUUCACCCGCCCCGUCGGCGGUAAUUAUAGGCGGCUGGCUGGUUGUUCUCCCUUGCAAGUUUCCUCCGCCGGCUGCCAAACUGCGUGGACACUUGCUCUACCUAGCUAAUCGGGGUUGGCCGCGCGGGCUAGCUAUAAAGUCGGUUAGGCGGGGCAGCCAUGGUGAGGGUGUCGGUGGUGUGCUGCCUCAAGCUGCUGCUCCUCCUCGCGCUCGGCGGGGUGACCAUGCACGUGCCGGACGCGGGCGAGCUGGCGCCGCUGGGCCCGCUGCGCCUCGACGGACACCUCAGCUUCCACGACGUGGCCGCCGCGGCCCGCGACUUCGGCAACCGCUGCAGCAUGAUGCCGGCCGCCGUGCUGCACCCGGGCUCCGUGGCCGACGUUGCCGCCGCCGUGCGCCGCGUGUUCCAGCUGGGCGAGCGCUCGCCGCUCACCGUGGCCGCGCGGGGGCACGGGCACUCGCUGCUCGGCCAGUCCCAGGCCGCCGGCGGGAUCGUCGUCAGGAUGGAGUCCCUCGGCGGGAUCGGCGCCAGGAUGCGGGUCGUGCACGCCGGCGAAGGAGGCGGCAGGGCGUCCGCCUACGUCGACGCCCCCGGAGGCGCGCUCUGGAUCAACGUGCUGCAUGAGACGCUCAAGCACGGGCUGGCGCCCAAGUCGUGGACCGACUACCUCCAUUUGACCGUAGGCGGCACCUUGUCGAAUGCCGGGGUCAGCGGCCAGGCGUUCCGGCAAGGACCGCAGGUCAGCAAUGUCAACCAGCUGGAGAUUGUGACAGGGAGAGGAGACGUCGUCACCUGCUCGCCGGAGGAGAACUCGGACCUCUUCUACGGCGCUCUCGGCGGCCUGGGCCAGUUCGGCAUCAUCACCAGGGCCAGGAUCGCCCUGGAACCUGCACCAAAGAUGGUGAGGUGGAUCCGGGUCCUCUACUCAGACUUCGCGAGCUUCACCGAGGACCAGGAGGCGCUCAUCUCGACGGCGAAGACAUUCGACUACAUCGAGGGGUUCGUGAUCAUCAACCGGACGGGCAUCCUCAACAACUGGAGGACGUCGUUCAAGCCGCAGGACCCGGUGCAGGCCAGCCACUUCCAGUCGGACGGGAAGGUGCUCUACUGCCUUGAGAUGACCAAGAACUUCGACCCCGACGAGGCCGACAUCAUGGAACAGGAGGUUGGUGUGCUGCUGUCUCGGCUGAGAUACAUACAGUCAACCCUCUUCCACACCGAUGUCACGUACCUCGAGUUCCUCGACAGGGUGCACUCCUCCGAGCUCAAGCUCAGGGCUCAGGGCCUCUGGGAGGUGCCACACCCAUGGCUCAACCUCCUGAUCCCGAGAAGCUCGAUCCACCGGUUCGCGAGGGAGGUCUUCGGCAAGAUCCUCAAAGACAGCAACAAUGGCCCCAUCCUCCUCUACCCGGUGAACAGAUCAAAGUGGGACAACAGGACGUCAGUGGUGAUACCUGACGAGGAAAUCUUCUACCUGGUGGGGUUCCUGUCGUCGGCACCGUCGGGCUCAGGUCACGGCAGCGUCGAGCAUGCGGUGACCCUCAACGACAAGAUCGUCGACUUCUGCGACAAGGCGGGCGUUGGGAUGAAGCAGUACCUAGCGCCCUACACCACGCAGCAGCAGUGGAAAGCCCACUUCGGGGCGAGGUGGGAGACAUUUGAGCGGAGGAAACACAUGUAUGAUCCCCUAGCAAUCCUAGCCCCGGGGCAGAGAAUAUUUCCAAAGGCGUCGCUGCCCAUGUCCUCUUGACAAUUGACAAACAGCAUCCGAGCAUGUAAAGGCCUUUGCAAAGGAUAUGAUGUACAUAAAUGUAGGUGACCGGAAAAUAUCCCCCUGUAAAGACAAGAUCUGCCGGAAAAGGCGGCCCGAAGAACGCAGCAUAGCAACUAGUAGUGGGAGGUACCUCAACACACACUUCAGAGUACAGCAGGCUGACCUUUAACUCUGUCUGGGUGUAGAGGAUGUGAACUUUGGAGGCAAUCAUGGGUUCCAGGAUUAUACUUGUUCGAGUAACGACACAAGUCCAGCUGUUGUUGAUGCAGCAUAGUUCAGAGUUGUGUAAUAGCUAGCUAACCAGUGGAACUCAUGUAGAAUUGUUUGUGUUUGUUCGGUCGACAUCAAUGGCAGAGAGUAACUUCAGGGUAGAACCUUGAGUAUCAAAUGAUUUUGACUGUUAAGAACU